CGCCUCCCCCCCCGUCCCCUCUCCGAGCAAAAACAUCCGGUCCUCCCGUCACCGCCGACCUCGCCUGCGCCGCCGCCGCAGUUGCCUCUCGCGGUGCCCGGACGAAUCUUGCGGCCGGUGCGGUGGGAUAGGACCCUACCAACCCGGCGAGACCCGUGUAUGUGCCUCCCAGCCCUAGACGUCGCACAAGGCUUUAGCUGUCUACGACGCGCCGCCGAGCACCACGCCGCCGGGCACUUACUCUAUCGUUCCCUCUCUCUCUGGGCAGGAUUUUUUGCUCACCUCUCUUCGCUCCGUAUCGCUGCUGCAGGGCCGGUUCUCUCUCCUAGUGUGGGGUGGAGAUCCAUCAGUGCGAGACUGCGAGGGGCUGAUUUCCUUCUGGUUUUGGUUUUUCAUCUUCGUCACCGUACAAACAAGAUAGCACUUGCUCGUACCUGUUUAUGGUGAGGGUGUGGUCGGUUUUCCGAGAAUUUUGGGGGUUCAACUGAACCCCCAUGACCCAAGUGAAGUCCUCUCCUUGUGGAGCUCGUGGUGGCUGAAGGGAGGGUGUGUGGCCAGGGGAGAUGGAUGAUACCUUGGCUAUCAUAAGGAAGAAGUUGAAGAAGCGGAAGAAGGGCAAGGAUGGUACUGAUUUCGGUGAAGUGGCUGAAUGUGGAGCUGAUGCUCAAGUAUUGGUUCAACAGGAAGAUGUGCAGGGUGCUGUUCAUACAGGUGAUGGUGUUGCUGAUGAGAAGAGCAAUCUGAAUGUCGUAAAAUUGGGGGAUGUUGAAGUUGCUGGGGAUGGUGCUCAGCAUGUGGACGAUCUGGGGUUGGAAGACUCCUUGUCGGUGCUGUUUACGAGAUCUGGUCGGAAGUCUCGGCAGGUCUCAGAGAAGGAGGCUGAAGGUGCCGAAGUUGCUUGUCCACAUGAAGAGGAAGGUCUUGACAAGGGAUCUGUUUUGGAUCCCGAUACAGCUUCCAAGGUCACUAAAAGGAGAAGGCGACGUACAAAGGAAGAGAUGAAGAAUGCUGCUGUGCAGGAUCGGAAAGCCUCCUUGCCCCGUAAAGCAAAGGCAAAGGCAAAUGGUGGCACGUCUACUGGACACUACAAGGUUGGUCCUCAGCAAACCUUGGGAGGAUCGUCUUCUGUUUCUCCUAAACUGGAAAAUAAGUCUGUUGGGAAAGAGAAGGCUGCAGAUGAUGGAUUAUGCCAUCGAUCAUUAGGAGAAUCGCUUCUACAAGAAGAUGUGGAAGCCCACAAAGUACUGAAGGAUGGAUCUAGGAACCCUUCCAAUGGGUCCACUCAUCACUUUGAAAUCUCAGCUCGGGCAAGCAAUCACCCUGUGCUGAAACCUUGUUCAGGGAAGCUUGCUGAAAAAACAUCUUGCACUGCAGCAAACAUGAUCAAUGUUGGUGUUUCUGAUGCACACGCAUGUUCCCAAACACUAGGGAAGGACAGCAGUGAUGAUGUAAAUUUUUCUCAAGGCAAAUCACCAACAUCAACCAUAAGAAGGAAAACUGGUCUAAAACCAAAACAGGUGCCCCGGAAACCUGUUCGACAAAAAGAGGCAUUAUCAUCUCUUGAUGCUGAUAGUAAACCAGCUGAAACAACAGAAAGUAUUGAACCAAAUGCAGCUGUGCUUACAGAGGGAAAUUUCGAUCAGCUGGCUGUUUUGGGGGCCAAGGAUUCCUGUUCUUCGCAUGACAUGGCAGCACCUUCAAAUGAUGUGGAUAUGGCUGAUGUGGCAGUGCCAUUGGAUUAUGAAGACACGGAGAACGCAUCAAAGGUGAAACGUGUUACACGAAGUUCCAAAAAACGCAAACAUGGUGACAUGGCAUAUGAGGGUGAUGUUGACUGGGAAACUCUAAUGCAAGAACAGGGGCUGUUCUCAAACCCCUUAGCAGGUUUUGCGGACCAAUCAAUAAAAUCAAAAGAUAAAAUUAAAACUUCUGAAGUUUAUGAGGGUGGAGGUGAUAAUGGUCUUGCUGCAGUACGUGCUGGCCUAAAGGCAAAGGCUGUUACACCACUUGAGAAGAUAAAGUUCAAGGAAGUCUUGAAGCACAAGGGUGGCCUUCAGGAGUACCUAGAGUGCAGGAAUAUGAUACUAAGCUGCUGGAGCAAGGAUGUUAAACAUUUAUUGAAUCUUGCAGAAUGUGGUGUUUCCGUUGUUCCUUUGAAAGAUGAGUUGCCACGUCACACGCUUAUUCGUGAUGUGUAUUUAUUCUUAGACCAAAAUGGCUACAUAAAUGCUGGAAUUGCAUCAGAUAAGGUGGCAAAGGAGCACGACACUCCAGAAGUUGUGGAUGUACCCAAGCUAAAUGAAUCAAAUCAAAUGGAAUCAGUCAGCAUUCAAGAUGGCAUUGUCUCUGUACCACUCCAGAAUGGGGAUUUUGAGUAUGGCACAGGCAUUGAAUGCUGCAGAACUGUAUGUGUAAAAAAUACUGUAGAAGCAUCAAAUGACAAGAAUUGCCCCACUGUUGACUGUGAUGCUCUGGAGUUGCUACCUUACUUGAAGUCUGAAGAACAGCCCACUGAAGAAAAGAAUCUAGGCGUGUCAACUGAAGGUAGAGAUGCAUCACUGCCGUCCAACAAUUUGGAUAUCCAAGGCAGGUCAUAUCUGGACAGUUCUGUUGGAAAAGUUGAAGUCUCUCACCAACCAGAAGCCCCAGAAAUUGAAACUUGUGGAAACAACUGUCAAAGUGAUAGGGCUGAAUCUGGUGUGUGUCGCAAAAGGGUAAUCAUUGUGGGAGCUGGCCCUGCUGGUUUAACUGCUGCUCGCCAUUUGCAACGACAAGGUUUUUCUAUCACUGUUCUUGAGGCACGAGAUAGGAUUGGUGGUCGUGUUUAUACAGAUCGCACGUCACUUUCAGUUCCUGUAGAUUUGGGUGCUAGCAUUAUUACAGGGGUGGAGGCUGAUAUAGCUACUGAAAGACGGGCUGAUCCAUCCUCUUUGAUUUGUUCUCAGCUUGGUCUUGAACUUACUGUGUUGAAUAGUGCUUGCCCUCUGUAUGAUGUAGUAACUGGCAACAAGGUUCCUGAUGCUCUGGAUGAUGAUUUAGAAGCUGAAUACAAUGGCCUUCUUGAUGAGAUGGCACUGCUUUUUGCACAAAAUGGUGACAGUGCAAUUGGUUUAUCCCUUGAGGAUGGACUGGAGUACGCUCUUAGGAAGCACCGUGCAGCUCAACAUAUGGAUAUUGUUGAGCGGGAUGAUCACUUAAAAAGUUUGACAAAUGCUGGAGCUAUGGACAUUUCCAAAAGUGCUUCAACAGAAAAGGAGAUAGCUCAUUGUGGGAAGGAUGAUAAGGUAGACGUCCUCAGUCCUCUUGAGAGAAGGGUUAUGAACUGGCACUUUGCACAUUUAGAGUAUGGUUGUGCUGCAACCCUAAAAUCCGUGUCCCUUCCAUACUGGAACCAGGAUGAUGUAUAUGGAGGAUUCGGUGGUCCUCAUUGCAUGAUCAAAGGGGGCUAUGACACUGUUCUAUGCAGCCUUGCAAAAGGACUUGAUCUUAGGUUAAAUCAUAUUGUGACUGAAGUACUGUAUGGACAUGGUGAGUCAGGGGCUAGCUGUAAGGAUGGCAAGCACGUCAAGGUUUCCACUUCAAAUGGAAAUGAAUUUAUUGGAGAUGCUGUGUUAAUCACUGUUCCUCUUGGUUGCUUGAAAGCACAGACAAUUAAAUUUUCACCCUCCUUGCCAGAUUGGAAACUAUCUUCUAUAAACAGGCUUGGGUUUGGUGUUCUAAACAAAAUAGUAUUGGAGUUCCCUGAGGUAUUUUGGGAUGAUAAUGUGGAUUACUUUGGUGCAACUGCAGAAGAAACAGAUUUAAGAGGACGAUGCUUUAUGUUUUGGAAUCUCAGAAAAACAGUUGGGGCACCAGUUCUGAUAGCUCUACUUGUUGGGAAGGCUGCUAUAGAUGGACAAAGCAUCAGUUCUGAUGUUCAUGUUAACAGUGCUAUGGUGGUUCUCCGAAAGCUCUUUAGGGAUUCUUCUGUACCUGAUCCGGUUGCAUCUGUUGUGACAAAUUGGGGCCUUGAUCCAUUUAGUAGAGGUGCUUACUCCUACGUUGCAGUUGGAGCAUCAGGAAGAGAUUAUGAUAUUCUUGGAAGGCCAGUUGCAAAUUGUUUAUUUUUUGCUGGUGAAGCAACAUGCAAAGAGCAUCCAGAUACUGUUGGUGGUGCAAUUUUGAGUGGUUUGCGAGAAGCUGUUCGCAUCAUUGACUUAGUAAACACUGGAAAUGACUAUAUCGCUGAGGUAGAAGCUCUACAAACUUACCAAAUGCAGUCAGACAGUGAAAGGAGUGAAGUUAGAGACAUGUCAAAUAGACUUGAAGCAUGUGCACUUUCUACCGCUCUAAGUAAAAACACGUCUGAUGUGACGUAUCCAAUUGUUAGCAAGGAAUCUUUGCUGCAAGAAAUGUUCUUCAGUGCAAAAACAACAUCAGGGCGCCUACAUUUGGCUAAGGAGUUAUUGAAGCUUCCUACAGAUGUUCUUAAAUCGUUUGCUGGAUCUAAAGAAGGACUAAGCACACUGAACACUUGGAUUCUUGAUUCACUUGGGAAAAAUGCUACUCAACUACUGCGGCACUGUGUGCGCUUGCUUGUGCUUGUUUCCACUGAUCUGGUAGCUGUGCGUUUGUCAGGAAUUGGGAGGACUGUAAAGGAAAAGGUUUGUGUGCACACAAGCCGAGAUAUUCGUGCUAUAGCUCGUCAGCUGGUCAGUGUUUGGAUCGAAGUUUUUCGUAAAGAAAAGGCCAGCAAUGGACUCAAAUUGCUGCGUCGAAUGCCAUCAAUUGAAUUAAGUAAGACAAAGAGUAAGGAUUUGCAAUCAGGAAAGCCUACCUUACGUGUGCCAAAUGAAACUUUGGACAAUAAUAAAGUAGCUUCCCAGCGCCAGCGUGCAAGAUUCGCAAGUAGCCACUCACCACCGAAAACAAGCAAGAAGUUUGAGAACAAGGAAACAAAAUUGGAAAUCGGGAUGGCUACAAGGUCCGAUGGCAACUCGUUUUCCCCAAAACAACAACAUGGUAUUGAAUCUAAGGUGGAGCAUGGCAUUCCUAUGUCCGAGGAAGAAGCUGCUGCAUUUGCUGCUGCUGAGGCAGCUCGAGCUGCUGCCAUAGCAGCUGCACAGGCAUAUGCAUCUGUAGAGGCAGAGAUAAGUGUGCCUCGUGAGCUUCCAAAGAUACCAUCAUUCCAUACUUUUGCGAUGCGUGAUCACCAUUUGGAUGAAUCUGAUACAAGAAAAAAGGGAGUGAAGGAUAAUUUUGGGAGACUUGAGUGCAUACUGGAAAAUGGUUCCAAGAAUGGCAAAGCUAAGAACUCCUCACCUGACGAUGCCAACUGCGCUGAUGUUGACAGCUUGAAAAUGUCUGGUGAUAAUGGCACUCAGAGGAGCCACUCGAACGAGAAAGCUUGCCUAGCAAAUACUAGGGAUCAUUCUACAGACAUUGGUGUUUUAUUAGACGGUCGGGCAUGGGUGGAUACUGAUACAAUAUGCAUUGAUGGUGUGAAGGAUCCUCUAGCCAUUGAGAGGUGGCAGGCACAGGCAAUGGAAGCUGAUAAAGAAUUCUACAGUCGGAUACGCAUACCGGAUGAUGAAGAUGCAACUAGUCAGAAGCAAGCGUGCCGUAGUUCUGCCUCACAGGGUGCCGACAGCAAACCUGCAUCCGAACGGCAAUCAAGAGGCGUGGAGCACAUAAAACAGGGUCUCGUGAAUUUCAUAGCCUCGCUGCUGAUGCCAUUGUACAGAGGAAAAAAGAUAGAUCGUGAUGGGUACAAAACAAUCAUGCGGAAAGCUGUUAACAAGAUAAUUGAGACAUGCUCAGAAGGAGAGAAAUUGAUGACCACUCAUGAGUUUCUUGAUGUUAAAAGGAAAAAUAAGAUUGAAUCCUUUGUGGACAAGAUGGUUGACAGGCAUUUGCAUGUGGUAAGCAAACCUGCCAAACCAUAAGGUUCACAUUCACAGUAAGCCAGUAAGGUGUUGUGUGCAAAGGAAGCUACUCUCUUUCAAAACACCAAGCUCUCACUCAGUGAUCGUGCUCCAAUCCAAAUGAACCAAAACCUCAAUUCGGAAACUGGCAUGGUUCAUCAGUGUUGCCGAAAAGAUCAGCAGGAUACUAUUACCCAGACUAUCAGGGUGGCAUAGAAGAGCAUUGACCAGAUCAGUGCAUUUACUUUUGUAUUUAGUUAGGCAUCAUUUCCAUCAUUGUAGCUAUAGAUCAGUAGAAGGCUUAGACCUCUGUGCACUCGACAAGCAUGUUGUGCAUGCAGUAGCUUGGAUGCCAAGUUGAGUUUCUGUGGCUUGAUGAAGUGGCAUAUGAAGAUCCAGGAUUCAGCAUGGUCUCAUAUGCAAUGAGGGCUCUUGCGCCUUAUAUGGUGGUAGUUCAGUCCAGCCUAGCGGAUUAAUCCUGUUCGUUGUUCAGAGUUAACUUACACCAAAGUAGAUCCUCUUCUUCUCUCUUUGUUGUACAGUUCUUUUGCAGUUUCUAACAGGCGUUUAACUUAUAGUCGGUUGGGUUAGAAAGGCUGCAGUUGGCAGAGAAGGUUGAGCUUUGCAGCCCUUUGUAUAUCCUUCGCUGCUUAUAAUGUGCAUCCUUGAUGAUUGUCGAAUGCUAAAUGAUUGCAAAAGAAAAUGAUGUUUACCCCCUAAGUUCUCUUGUUGAUUUCUGCCUUUCAAUAUGUUUGUAUGCUUUGAUAUGAUUGUAUGACUUAAGGGGGAUACACUGCCAUUGUGCCA